UCAACUGAAAAUUAGUGACGAACUCAGCCAUGGAACAACAAGCUUCCAAAACCACCGAUCAGCCCACCUUUCCUCUGCAAGUGGAUUCCGACCACAAAGCCACAGUUUUCCGACCGUUCUCGAUAUCUCCGCCGCACAUGCGCGCCUUCCACCUCGCCUGGAUUUCCCUCUUCGCCUGCUUCUUCUCCACCUUCUCCAUCCCCUCUCUCCUCCCCGCAAUCCGCCAAGACCUCCGCCUCACCGCCGCCGACGUAGGCACCGCCGGAGCAGCCUCCUUCUGCGGAUCCAUCUUCUCCCGCCUCGCCAUGGGCCCCGCCUGCGACAUGUUCGGCCCCCGCGCCGCCUCCGCCGCCGUCUCCCUCCUCACCGCCCCCGCCGUCCUCGCCGUCUCCUUCGCCUCAACCGCCAAAUCAUUCAUCCUAGUCCGCUUCCUAAUCGGCAUCUCUCUCGCGAACUUCGUCUCCUGCCAGUUCUGGAUGGCAUCCAUGUUCUCCGGCGAGGUCGUCGGCGCGGCGACCGGCGUCGCCUCCGGCUGGGCCAGCGCCGGCUCCGGGUUGACGCAGCUCGUGAUGCCGUCCGUAUACUAUUUCCUAACCCAUAUCGUAAAAUUCAAACCCUCAUUUGCGUGGAGAGUCGCGUUUACGGUUCCAGCACUUCUACAGAUCUUAACGGCGUUAGCGGUUCUCGCCUACGGCCAAGAUCUCCCCGACGGAAAAUAUAAACGGACCCCAAAUAACACAAACAAAAACUAUUUCAGUAUUUUGUUCAACGGGUUGAAGAAUUACAGAGGAUGGGUUUUAGGGUUAACGUAUGGGUUCUGCUUCGGAGUGGAGUUGACGACUGAUAAUAUUAUUGCCCAGUAUUUUUACGAUAGGUUCGGCGUGGGUAUGGAGGCGGCCGGCGCAAUCGCCGCCAGUUUCGGUUUCGCGAAUAUAGUUACGCGGCCGGCGGGAGGGGUUGUUUCCGACGAGAUGGGGAGGAGAUACGGAAUGAGAGGGCGGCUGUGGAGCUUGUGGGCGGCGCAGACGGUGGCGGCGGUGCUGUGUGUUGGGCUGGGUCGGAUUGAGUCGCUGUGGGGGUCGGUUUUGGUGAUGUGUUGUUUCUCUAUAUUCGUGCAAGCUGCUUCUGGGCUUACAUUUGGCGUUGUUCCUUUUGUGUCCAAGAGGUCCCUUGGAGUAAUAUCAGGAAUGACAGGGAGUGGGGGUACUUUAGGUGCUGUAGUGACACAAUUGCUUCUAUUUUCAGGAUCAAAUAAUAAUAUGUCAACCCAAAAAAGCAUCUCUCUCAUGGGUAUUUUGAUGUUUCUUUCUACACUACCACUCACCCUAUUGUACUUCCCCCACUCUGGUGGAAUGUUCUGUGGCCCUUCUCACCACCCUAAUAGUGAACAAGAUUAUUACAAUUUGCUUUCUUAAGUAAUGAUUAUAUUUAUUUAAUUUGUUCCUUGUUUAUAUUUUGUAUUGUGUUUUAUUAAUAUUGCCUUCAAUUGUAUUAAUUAAAGAAUCACAUUAAUAAACAUUUGGUGUGCAUUGAUCAGAAAACAUUACGGCUAUGAGAAAUAAAUAUUAUGAGUUUU